UGGCGGCGGCGGCGGCGGGGCAGCGCCGUGCGGCCGGCGGGAGGUGAAGCCGUUUCCGCCGCCGCGGCCUCUCCAGCACUCAACAUGGCGGAGUCGGUGCUGGAAGUUGUGGGGAAGCUGCAGGCGCGGUUGGCGGGCGGCGCGGAGCCCAGGAAGCUGCUGAAAAGUCUGAAGAGGCUGUCUGAGUUGCCCAUCACAGUUGACAUUCUUGUGGAGACUGGUGUUGGGAAGACUGUGAACAGUUUGCGGAAACACGAGCUCGUCGGAGACUACGCCAAGAACCUCGUGGCCAGGUGGAAGAAACUGGUGCCAGUGUCCCAGGAAGCAGACAGAAAUAACCUAGACUCUGAAGACCGUAACUACGAGAGGAGCAGCUCGAGCGCAAGACAUCAAGAACCCUCUCUCAGAGAGGAUGAGGAACCUGACCAGGAGUAUUCAGAAACCUUCCAGCCGUCUUGCAGCCAGCCCUACAGCCCAGAUCAUAGGGAAAAGAAGUCCAAGAGGUAUCCUAGGCCUGAGAGAGCCCACGAGACUUAUGGCUAUAGCAGCCAGGAGGGGAAGGGCUGGGGCAGAUCUUCCCCAGUGCUCUCUUCAGAUCAGGAGUACUCGGACUAUGGACAAGCUGUGUCACCUGAGCCAAGUGAGAGCCCUCAGGAUAAUUACACAGACCCCUAUGGCUCUGAGGAGCAGGAGGAACUGACAGUAUUUCAUCAGAAAGCCAGCAAAGGCCACAGCUCUCAGGAGAAGCUGGGGGAGGGCCGAGAGAGGAACCCCAGUGAGUUCUACGACAAAGGGAACGCGAGUCGAAGCAAAGAGCACAAGUCUUCUCACAAGAAGCAGCGACUUGAUGGCAGAGGGGAGGAGAGAACCUCUGCCUUCAGCCCAGAAAGAUUGCACAAGACCUCUUUUAAAGAGCAGCUCCAAGAAGCCCCCGUGGCAGGGGGCAGAAAGGAGAAGCAGAGGAUGUCAGAUGGCACCAAGAAGGAGAAGAACCGAGAAGGCAGCACCUCCAGAAAGGAGAAGUUGCACACGUUGCCGCACUUGGAAGAGUCUUUGGACAACCAUGUGAAGAAGCAAAAACAUCGGGACUCUGAGAAAAGCAAACUGGAAAAGCCCAAGGGGAGCCUGGAGACCUCUACCAGCGAGCGGGAGAAACGGAAAGCUGAGAGUGACUCGUCAAACAGGAUUAAAGAAAAGGGCAUUUCUGGGAGCUUAAAGUCUUCCGAGGGGAAACGCAAAGUCUCCGACAUGGACAAAAAAUCUGUGGGCUUUUCCUCAAAUUUUGGGGAGGGGGAAGUGGAGGAUGAAUUUGAACAACCUACCAUGUCCUUUGAGUCAUACCUCAGCUAUGACCAGCCCCAGAAAAAGAAAAAGAAAGUGGUCAAAGCUUCUGUGUCAGCUGUGGAGAAGGACCGAGGGCACAGCAAACAGAACGGAUCCAAAGCCAGCACCAACAGCUCCAACUCGAGUCGGAAAAGUCCAAGCCACAAGAGAAUAAGUGAGAAAAAGGCAGAGAAGAAUCUACCAGAGCCUCCCAAACCAAAGAGGAUAAUUUUAGAUGUGGUACCAACGUUACCAGACAUCCCACUGCCGCCGAUCCAGGCCAAUUAUCGCCCUCUUCCUUCAAUUGAGUCCAUUCCCUGCUCCCAGACAAAAAGGAAAGCGGUGUCCUCGCCAGUUGAAGAGAGUGAAGCAGGUUUUACAGGCCGACGAUUGAAUUCCAAGAUGCAGGUGUAUUCAGGCUCUAAAACUGCCUACCUCCCAAAGAUGAUGUCUCUGUAUCAACAGUGCAUCAGAGUCCUCAGUAACAACAUUGACUCAAUCUAUGAGGUGGGUGGUGUCCCUUUCUCAGUGCUGGAGCCAGUAUUGGAGAGAUGCACCCCAGAGCAGCUGUACCGCAUUGAGGAGUGUAACCACGUCCUCAUUGAGGAUACGGAUCAACUCUGGCACAAUCACUGUCUCCGAGACUUCAAGAACGAGAAGCCAGAGGAGUUUGAGUCCUGGCGGGAGAUGUACCUGCGGCUGCACGACGCGCGGGAGCAGCGGCUGCUGAUGCUGGCGCGGAACAUCGGCUCAGCCCACGCCAACAAACCCAAAGGUAGAGUGGCCAAAAUGGCAUUUGUGAACUCUGCAGCAAAGCCCCCUCGGGACGUACGGAGGAGACAGGAGAAGUUUGGAACUGGAGGACCUCUUCUGCCAGAGAAGACCAAGAUAAAACCAGUCCUGUACACAUCCAGCAAAAGCCAGACUCGUGUGAGUGAGGAGCAGUCCUACGAUGGGCCCAGCACCAGCAGCGCCCAUUCUGUCCCGUCUUCAGGUAGCACCUUCUCCUCCUACGACCCCAGGAAACCACCAGUGAAGAAAAUUGCACCCAUGAUGGCAAAGACUAUCAAAGCUUUUAAAAACAGGUUCUCUCGGAGAUAAGUUUGCAGUGCAGAUCUGGGACUUUCCCUCUUGUGGGGAAGUGGCACUGAAGGGGGAGAAGGUCCCCAAACAGCCCUUUUCUUUGAACUCUUUGGAGGCUGCAGCUGCUGGGAGAAGCUUCGAUCUGCACAAGACAACAGCACAGUAUUUUAUCUUUUAUUCUGGUCCCUUUCUCAGUGUCAAGCCCUGCCCUGUUUUCUCCCUGCCCUGAACAUCCUGUUUUUAGCUUUGUCAUCCAUCAAAAGAAGGGUGUACAGAGUCUCCCAACACAAGAAAAUGUGAAGUCUUGGCACCUGCUGAGAGUGGAAGAUCCAGAGACUUAUUUACUAUUUAACCUCUUAAUAAAUUAUAAAAUGGUUUUAAUUAAUAUUUUACCCCACUAUCCUGCUGGUAUUAUUUAUGUCACUCCCAGUAGUCUCUGCCCUCCUAAUCCAGUACAAGGGCCAGGCUCUGUGCCUGGAGCUGGCAGGAAUCCAUCUGUCCAAGUGGAUAUUGGCUGUCAUGGGAGACUUUCCUCAUCAUCUGGUACCUGCUGGGCACAAAGUCCCACCUGGACUCUCUGGGACAGUGGGACUGGUGGCCCAUCUGCUCGUGGAUCUUUUGGCAAGCACAUCAAGUCCCAAGGCUUUGCUCUCUGCUCCUGUAUGUUAAUAAAAUUGUAGCUCUCUGCCUUCUCUCUCUGCUGUUCCUCUAGAUCUGGUACAGAUGCUUACAAAGCUGUGCAGGGAUGCCAGGGGCCACUGGGGACUUUUUCCUCUGCUGCUCUUGUCUUCUGGCUACUGGGAUUAAACUACAAGGGCUUUGGGGAGAAAUUUUACUGUGCACCAAGUCAGAUUUUAACUUUUUGAGAGAGAGAGAGAGAGGGGAUUUUGCCUCUGGAAUUGCAACCAGUUUUUAAAUACCAGUGAAGGCAUUGGUUUGCCUUUUUUUAGUGGAAAGAAGGAAUACUUUUAUCUUGUUUUCUGUGUGGAACUAGGAAGGGUUUAUUUCCAGUUGGGAAGCUGGUACUUUAAAUCCUGUCUUUUCCCUGUAUGUUUUGCUCUGCCCCUUCUUUGGAAAAAGCAAGGAUUUUAGUCUUUGAACCUGAAACCACUUGACUGGGGUUAGAGGGAAGUGAAUAAUGGAAUGUGGUUUCUUUUUAAUGUGUGUGUGCUUCGUAGCAGGAGUUCUAAAAGUUUGGUUGUACCUGGUGUCUGAGGAACUGGAGCUCUGGAAGGAAAGGGGGUGUGAUGUGACCUGGUGGACCCAGCUGGUGGGUUUGGUGGAGGUGUGAGGAGGUGCUCUGGAGCACAGCUCCUCGGGGGAGCUGCAGGAGGGGUGUGAUUUGAGUGGACUUGCUGAGGCCACAACGGGGGUGGAGCUGGACUCAACCAGGCACUUUCUGCUGAAUGUGAAGCUUUAUUGAGGUGAAUGUUCCUGCCUGAGGGUUUCAUCUGCCUCUAAAGGGAGCCCACCCAGAGGUGCAGGCAGAGGAUGGAGCUGGUCAGACCCAGGUCAAGUGGUGAGGGAGCUGGCCUCUGUCAGCACUGACUGGAUCAGAAAGGGAUUUUCCUGUUCCAAGCCAUAUUUGCUGCAUUAGGACUUUGCUCUCUGGGUGGAAAAGGUGCUGGGAGUGGAUGCUGGUAGUGGUGGCAGCUUUUGUGAAGCUCUGUUGCUGGCUUUCUGUGGUUGCCCAGUCCCAGACUGAUGGAGCUGUCUGUGUGCACUGACUGGAGGAAAACUGGCUGGGAGGAGUCCUCCUGGAGGGGCCUAGGAAAAUCCCUCGGUGUGUCUGGUUUCCAUUGAUUUGUUUUCUUCCUUUCUCCUUGUUCUUUCUUUAGAACCAUUCUGAGCACCUGUCUCUUGUUUAUUUAGUCUGUUCUUCUUUUGAAGGUCUUGGGAAAAUGUUCUCAGACUCUCACGUGCUGUAAGUUUGUUACAGUCCCAGAUGCUUUCAUGUUCCCCUGCAGCAUUUCAGUGUGUGUCGUGCUGUAAAUGAAUGGCUCCUUACUCCUGCAUUUUUGCUGUAUUUAAUUUUGCUGUAUUUUUAAUUAGAUAACAAUAUAUUAUCUUCUGCUGACUGUUGUGCUACCUUGUAUUUCUCCUCUGUACUUGGGGUAGGGGCAGAGGGGAGGGAAGUGAUGAGGCCCCAGUGGAUCUGGGUGAGGCCCAAGAACGAUCUUGGGCACUAAACUGCCAUUUUAAUGAACCCUACAGCUCAAUACUCAGAUGUGGGUAUUGCCCAAAGCUGGACAGAGGAGGGCUGCUUCCAUGAGACGCAAACUAAGGGAAGUCUGGGGUAAAAGUGCUCUCCCUGCCCGGGGUGUGACACUUGUGCAAUGUUUCUGUGCUACACUACAGUGAAGGAGCUGAGCAGAGCUGCCUCUUCCCCUCGUGCUGCCCUGCUGGUGGUGGGAUGAGUGACACGGGCAGGCGGGGGAGUGACUUGGAAUUGCAUUUGUAUUUUGGUCCCUAACUGUGUAUAUACAAUUUUCUAUGUUCCUUUUUUUUUUUUUUUUUGGUGGUAACUAAUAUGAAUAUUUUAAUUAGAUAAGUUAUAUGAAAAGAGGAAAAGUCCUGUCUCAAUAAAAGCCAAACACUGGAAAA